CAGUCAGCAUCUCUCCAGCAGCGGACUCAAGGACUCUAGUAACCAGCUCGACGCGCAACAGAAGGCUCUCUCUCCCUCCCUCUCUCUCUGUCUCAAAGUACCGGACCUUACAGCGCGCAGGACAACUUACACUCGCAGUAUUACGCAUCUUAUUACGCAUGGCUCUGGGUCUGGUUUUGGCUCUGGCUUUGCGCAAAAGCACGACUGGAACACCGUCUUGGAAGAUUGGAUUUUAAGAAAAUAAAAAACACUGCAACAACAAACUCAAAAAGACGAUUUAAGGAUUUUUUUUCCUCCCCUACAAGACAUUCUUCUCCUUGUGCCAAUAAUGAUCUCCACACGCGUUACAGGAUUGUCUCUCCUCCUCUCCGUGUGAUCUCAUACAGCUGUACGUGGAGAGUCCGACGCGUUAUCUGAAAGCCUCAUUUCACACAGAGAGAGAUGGAUCUGUGGGGAGUUUAUCUGUUCCAUCUCAUAACUUUGGCUCUGUUAGAGGUUAUACUGGCCGGCAGAGACUGCUUGGUGGCCGGAGACUCUUGCUCCAGUGACGAGACUUGUAGUCCACGUCUGCGGACUUUGCGUCAGUGUGUGGCGGGCAAUGGCAGCGUGAAGCUGGGUCCCGGGGCCAGGAGCCAGUGUGCCAACGCAGUGUCCGCCCUGCUGUCCAGCCCCUUACAUGGCUGCCAGUGUAAACGGGGCAUGAAGAAGGAGAAGAACUGCCUGAGUAUCUACUGGAGCCUUCAUCAGUCUAUCAUACAUGGACUCAACCUGGUGGAGAGUUAUCCCUACGAGACGGUGCACAGGGAUUACGACUACGUCCGCUUGGCCUCUAUUACAGCUGACUCAGAUGUUGGCAUGACAACUGUGAAUCGCUGCCUGGAUGCGGCCAAGGCUUGCAACGUGGACGACUUGUGCCAGAAGCUCCGCACAGAAUAUGUCUCAGCUUGCAUCAAACCCACUGCCAAGUCGGGCCUGUGCAACCGGCCUAAAUGCAACAAGGCCCUGCGCAGGUUCUUUGACCGCGUUCCCGCCGACUACACACACGAGCUGCUCUUCUGCCCCUGCACGGACACGGCGUGCGCGGAGCGUCGGAGGCAGACGAUUGUACCAAGCUGCUCGUAUGAAAGCGUGGAAAAACCCAACUGCAUCACACAGAUGAAGAUCUGCAACGCCGACUAUGUGUGCAGGUCUCGCCUGGCUCAGUUCCAGUACGACUGCGAGCCCUCCGAAUCGUCUGCCAAUGGCUGCAAGCAAGGCAACUAUGGAGCCUGUCUCCUCGCCUACACAGGGCUCAUAGGAAGCACAAUAACUCCCAACUAUGUCGACAACUCCACAUCCAGCGUGGCUCCGUGGUGCUCCUGCUCGGCCAGUGGGAGCCGGAAAGAAGACUGUGAUCAGUUCCUGGGAUACUUCACCGACAACAUCUGUCUCCGGAAUGCUCUUAUGACGUUUGGAAGUGAAUCAGACCAGCAGCCAACUGUCAGCCAGUCCAGUACACCCAGCCCCGGCCACGGCAGCAGAGAAAACAGGAGCACCGCAUCUCCACCAGACACCAUAGAAACUAUGAGGAACAUCCUGGAUACAAUAAUACCAACACAGGCCCUGGGGAAUGAACUACUAGUGGGCCAGUCCACCCUGCCAUCCAACAGCCUCCCAAACUCUGCUUCACCUCCCAGCUUAAUGCUCCAAGCUGCCUUCGGCCUUCUGUUGUUGCUCCUUCAUCUGCUCAACAAUGGACACUAAAGACUGCAGGGGAGCGAGCUGAGGACCCUCCCAGUACCAAGCAGAUGGGAGGACCAGCGCAGUUCAGAGGAAAAUGGACCGUGUGGCGUUACUCCUCCAUCUAAAUAUGUACAGCGAUUCUGUUUUUCUAUUUUUGUGUCCAAGUGGUCCAGUUCCACCUGCCGGUGAUCUCACUCAAGACUGCGGGGGACCUCUGCAGACCGAAGCCAGUCUGUACAUUUGUACAUUGUGAUCAAAUCAAGCUGAAAUUAAGUCAGAGUAUCGCUUUUGUGGACAAACGCAGCUCUCAGCUAUCCAACUGUAUCCAUUUUCAAGAGUUAUUAUGAAAAUAUACUGCAGAUAUGUAUGAUACAAGACAUGUCAGUACCUGUGUUAUCAACAGAAGCUCUUAUUUGAAAUAGUGUAAAGGGAGUAAACCAGUGAACUUUGUGUCUGCUCUGUUCCCAGCACACAGAGUGAUUGGAAAGCUGCUGGACUAUAUGGGACUUUAAUACCACUCUCUUCAAGUGACUGAAAGAGAUCGAUACUGGAAUAGUGGAGAAAGAGACAGAGAGACAAUAGUACACAAGAUGAACCUUGACAUAAUAAUCGUCCAUCAAGACUGUUUGCCCUUUGUCAAGCCAUCUCACACGAUUUUAUCUGUUAUUGCUAAAGCUACAGUAGCUGUUCAUAGAAACGGUCUCUAUCAGCGAAGUCAAGCUCCUGGACUGGAAAGGAAAUAACGAGAAAAGCAGUAACUGUUUCCCUGUAGUUGCUGUAUUAUGUGUUUGUGAGCGUAAUACCCUUUUAUUUCUCAUUGUGUCCGUGAACAUUGCUAUACGGGGCCUCUGAGUGUUUGUGCCAGAGAGGGAAGUGAAUGGUUUGACUCACUGAGCGCCGCCGACUCCACCGCGGAGCCUGUUUGAGAUUAGACAGUUAUGAAUGAUUCAGUAUGUUCUGUUCUGGGAACGUGCCAGUGAAUUCUGAACAGGACCAGAGGUGCUGCGAAUAAAAGUUCUCAGAUCAUUAUGUUUACACGUUA